AAGCGAGUCAUCCAAAGAAAUUGCAUACUGAAUGCCUCCAUUAACAAAAUCAACGCCAUUUUUUUGCCUUCCUUUUAUAUGUUUUUUUUGGGUAAUCAUUGCUUUCCUUUUUCAUUCUAUCUCAAAUUAAAGCCCCCAAAGAAAAGACCACACUUCAAUUCAAAUACAGUACCCGUUCCAUUCUCACCUCAUUUCUCCAUUUGAUUUUUGAAGUUUUUACUUCACAUGGCUCAUUGUCCUCUUCUCUAAUUUGCUUCGCCUGUGCUUGAUCCAUAUCACAUCGCGUUCCCAAUCUUUUCAGCAAUGGCGGAUCCUGAUUCUCCAGUAUCAGGCCGAUCUGAGACGGGAUUUUCCCUCACAUCUCCUCAUUUGGUUAUCGGCGAACAAUCACCUGAUUUACUUCAUGAACCACAGAUGAAUUAUUCGGAUUCCCAUGAGUUUUUGGACAACAAUUGGCAUCAGAAGUUGGGGGCUUCUGUAGAAUUGUCUUUAGAGAAUGGCAUCGAUGAAUCUGAAAUUAAGAACACCCAUAACACCCCAUCUGUGAAGUUUUCCACGAUAUGUCAAACUUUUGAACAUGAUUUAUCUCCUGAAGCAUCUUUUGAGCUCCCUCCUCCGCCCGAAUUCGAAGACAACUCGCAGGAAGAUCUUUUUCCUGUUACAAGCAUUGAUGUGGGAUUCGGUAAUGGCGAAGCUUCGCACAUAGGUGUUGAGAGUGUGCCUCAAAUAGACGAUAUCCAGUCACCAAUGGAUAUUUGUGAUUCCGAGGUUGAAGGAGACUAUAAGAAGCUGCUUGAAGAUUAUCACUCUCAGAAAAAGGAAUUAGAGGAGAUGAGGACAGUGCUAGAGGAGCUUAGGAGGGAGAAUCAUGCAAAGAGUGGAGAAUGCGAGGAAGCUUGGAAGUCUUUAAAGGAGCUCCAGAAUGAGCUCAUGCGCAAGUCAAUGCAUGUCGGAUCUUUGGCUUUUGCCAUAGAGGGACAAGUUAAGGAGAAGGGCAAAUGGUUCUCAUCACUAAGAGAUUUGACCAGAAAGCUAAAGAUUAUGAAAAUGGAACAAAUUAAGCUAGCGGAAGAGGCAUCUGCCUAUAGAAAGUGCCUAGCGGAUAUGAAAGAACUGAGCUCUACUAUUAAUUUUACUGUUAAUCAGCAAAUAGAUUUGAAUGAACAUCUCAAGGCCAAAUUUGUUGAAGGAGCCAAAGAAAGGAAAGAGCUUUAUAACAAGGUGUUAGAGCUGAAAGGAAACAUAAGGGUCUUUUGCCGCUGUAGGCCUCUCAACACUGAAGAAAUUGCGGCUGGUGCUUCAGUGGUUGUUGAUUUUGAAUCUGCUAAAGAUGGUGAGCUCAUUGUAAAGUCAAAUGGGGUUGUGAAGAAGACCUUCAAGUAUGAUUCUGUAUUUUGCCCGCAGACAGACCAAGCUGAUGUCUUCAAAGAUACAGCUCCAUUUGCAACCUCAGUUCUGGAUGGAUACAAUGUCUGCAUAUUUGCUUAUGGGCAGACUGGGACUGGUAAAACGUUUACCAUGGAGGGAACAGAAGAAGACCGGGGAGUAAAUUUUAGGAUUCUCGAGGAACUGUUUCACAUAAUUAGAGAGCGUCAGAAGCUGUAUAGAUAUAGUGUAUCUGUAAGUGUCUUAGAAGUCUACAAUGAGCAAAUACGAGAUUUACUUGGUUCAGGAACUCAAGCAGGAGUAGCUGCAAAAAGGCUUGAAAUAAGACAGGUGGGUGAGGGGAUUCAUCACGUGCCAGGUCUUGUUGAGGCACAUGUAAGCAACAUGAGUGAAGUCUGGGAAGUUCUUAAAACUGGCAGUAAUGCAAGAGCUGUUGGCUCAACCAAUGCCAAUGAGCAUAGCAGUCGAUCCCACUGCAUCCAUUGCGUGAUGGUGAAGGGAGAGAAUUUGAUGAAUGGGGAAUGCAUAAGAAGCAAGCUAUGGUUGGUGGAUUUAGCCGGAAGUGAGCGAGUAGCAAAGACUGAAGUGCAAGGAGAGCGACUAAAGGAAACACAAAACAUAAAUCGAUCUCUUUCUGCGCUUGGUGAUGUCAUAUCUGCACUUGCAACCAAAAGCCCCCACAUCCCUUUUAGGAAUUCCAAGCUCACCCAUUUACUGCAAGACUCUUUAGGAGGAGAUUCGAAGACGCUCAUGUUUGUACAGAUCAGCCCGAAUGAAAGUGACUUAGGCGAGACCCUCUGCUCACUCAACUUCGCAAGUAGGGUAAGAGGAGUGGAGUUGGGGCCGGCAAAGAGACAACUGGACACUUAUGAAUAUUUGAGAUACAAGCAAUUGGCUGAAAAAGCAAAGCUAGAGUUAAAGAGCAAGGACGUUCAAAUUAAGAAACUGGAAGAAACUGUACAGGGACAAGAACUGAAGAUAAAAGAGAGAGACGUUAGGAACAAAAGCCUGCAAGAGAAGGUAAAAGAAUUGGAAUCACAACUUCUAAUUGAGAGAAAGCUAGCACGUCAGCAUGUCGACACGAAGAUAGCUGAGCAGCAAAUAAAAAAUCAGCAAGAAGAGCAGAUUAAAGCACCGAUCAGACCACCUCUUGGAAGCCGGCCAUUAGUAAGUCUCAAGAAUGUCAAUGACCCAACAAGUGCUCCGGUUAAAGAUCAAGAAAAUUCCAUCCAACCUCUAGUUGAAAAGAACAGCUACAAAGCCCAACCCCAAGUGCCCUUUCGUCCAAUGAAUGAAUUUGUCAAGUACAUCGAUGCAACAGAAAAAGAGAACAACCCUGAUGUGGUCGAACAGGUUUUUCUGCCAAGUAGAACUGGAAGAGCCUCUAUAUGCCCUAUGGCAAGGAGAAUGCCAGCAUUACCAGCUCCAAGGCGCAACUCCCUUAUACCACUCCCAAGCACUCCAAACACCGCACAGCUCCCGCUCCAAUUCUUACCAUUGGCGCCCUUUUCUGCUGAUAAGAAGGAUGAUACAGAUGAUCCUGAAGCCAACUGCUUGCCUAGACAGGCACCUUGUGACAGUCCAAAAGUAACUAGGACUGGCAGUAGGAAGAUAAGCAGCAUACUAAGGCGAAGCCUCCACAAGAGAAUUCAACCAAAAUCUCCUACACAACAGCACAUGAAAAGAGGUGUAAAUGUUGGAAUGGAGAAGGUUAGACUCUCUAUUGGUAGUCGAGGGAGACUAGCACAGAGGGUAUUGCUCAGCAAUGGUCGAAGACCUGGACCUAAAGGAGUGCAGAAGCAGAGUCAGAAGGAAAAAGAAAAGGAAAGAGGUUGGAAUAUAGGAACUGUAGGAAGAGGAUGACAUAUACAAGUAGUAUGAUGUAUACAGAUAUAUUUAUCGACACUGACAGAAGAUGGUUGAUUAUUCUUGUAGCGCUUAUGCUGCAAUGUAGAGUGUGAUUGUUUAUCAGGAUGUUGCCUAAUCAUCCGACUCAUUUUGUAUGCAUGAGUCAUGAAUGUACAGAACUAGUAGUUUGACGAUUGUGUGUAUUUUUCCUGACGCUUGACAUUUUCUCUAUGAAAGGAAGUUUUGUGUG